UAAACAUGUAGUGAAGUGAGUUGAAUUGGACACAUUUACCUGAACAGGAUGAAGGUUUUAGUUGUCCAUUUCUGGCUUCUCUUACUGCUUCUGUACCAAAGAAAGGAGAAUCUGGCGUCAGCCCUGUGUUCAGUGCCCACAGUGCUCUGCUGUCUUGGCAGGGAUGACAACUGCAGACGAGAGUGUUAUUGUGACGAGUUCUGCAUCAUAAUCGGAGAUUGCUGUUCUGACUUCAAUCAGAUAUGCAAUCCUUCUCCACCAAACUCAACAUCUAUACCAUCAAUACUUUCACAAACAGAAUCAAAAGCCUCAUUGCUUCAGCCACAUCCAACAUUCCAACAGUUUUCAGUGCCAAUCUCACCACAGUCAUCAUCCUCACCCACCAUUAAACCAUCACCAUCAUCCUCAUCUUCUACACCAUCAACAAAAUCCUCUUCAUCUUUACCAGUGUCAUCAUCUUUAACACAAUCAUCUACAUCAUCUUCUCCCACUAUCAUCAUCAUCAACCUCACAAGCACAGCCCUCAAUAUCAACAACCUCUACAUUAUAUUCCACAUCCUUAACAUCAUCAGCAAACUCACAGCCUUCAUCACCAUCCCCACAAACAUUAAAAUCAUCAACAACAUCUUCAGUAGUAUUUACUCCAUCUAA